CAUAAGACAUUAAGACUCAUAACCAAACGACCGCGUUUUGAUACCUCUGAUCAAUCUGGCUCACUAGCAAGCUAUGCCAGACCAAACCGGUACGACUUCUGUGAAUUCGAUUCGUGACUUAUGGCCUCGCGUUUGCUAUCGACGACGACACUCGUCACACCGCCGGCUUAUUUCAACAAAUCGCCGGCGUUUUUAACGGCCAGAGUUGGGGUGAGAAGAGGAAGGGCUAACGUUAAGGCUGUGAGCAAUAGUUCGCAAGGAGCCGUCGAUGGAACCGUUUACAAAGGUGUUUACGGUCCUUGGACCAUUGACCAAGCCGAUGUCAAAGAGGUUAUUUUGUACAGAUCAGGACUAGUAACUGCUGCUGCAUCUUUUGUAGCUGCUUCUUCUGCUGCCUUUUUACCAGGAGACUCUUGGUUAAGUGAAACAAUCAAGCAAAACCAUGAUCUGUUUUACUUUGUUGGUGCUAGUGGUUUGGGGCUAUCUCUGUUUCUAAUACAUAUAUAUGUUACGGAGAUUAAGAGGACUCUUCAAGCUUUAUGGGCACUUGGUUUUGUUGGUUCUUUCGCUACUUACGCAGCCCUUGCUAGACCAGCUGGUGAUAACUUGGUUCAUUAUGUCGUUGAUCAUCCAUCCGCUGUUUGGUUUGUUGGUCCCCUAUUCGCAUCUCUCACAGGACUCGUUUUCAAAGAAGGUCUUUGUUAUGGAAAGCUAGAAGCUGGCCUUCUUACAUUCAUCAUACCUUCAGUUCUUCUUGGGCAUUUGAGUGGUCUGAUGAAUGAUGAGGUAAAACUGGUGUUGCUAGGAACAUGGAUGGCUCUCUUUCUAGUAUUUGCUGGAAGAAAGUUUACUCAGCCUAUUAAGGAUGAUAUCGGAGAUAAAUCUGUUUUCACGUUCAUGUCCCUUUCUGAUGAUGAAAAGAAGGCUAUAGUUGAAAAGCUCGAGCAAGAAAAGUUGGGGUAAGAAUCUGAAUGAUAGUGGAAUGUUUUAAGCAUCUUCAAGAACAGGUAAAUAUUUUGUAUCCAUAGAUUCUAUUUACCACUGAGGAGAAAUGCUACCAUAAACACAGUUUGUAGAUUGUGAUUAGUAGCUUAGAAGUGACAAUACAAAUGCCAUCAAAAUGUCCAUUCCCUGAUUGAGAGUUGGUUGCAUCUCAUAUUUUCUUUUUUGACAUUCAAAAAAAAAAAAAAAAAAAAAAAAUGGGGCAACCUGGUUCAGUCGGACCCGGAUUUGGACCCGGUUUAAAGUCAUCCCCUUGUAGUUUUAUUUAUUUUUGAUAUUUUGCCCCUCAGUGUGUUUUGAUGGGCCAACCUGGCCCGGCUCAAUUUGAUGCACUGAUUAGGCCGGUCCUUAUUUAGGCUUGAGUUUUAGGAUUUAGUAUGGUCUUGUUUGUCUAUGGCCCCCAUCUUACCUGGAAAGUGCAAUGAAAAAAGCGGGAUUAGACUUAAUCGGGGUCCAAUUGUGACAAAAUGAAAAUGGUCCAGCUCGGGCCGUCCUAUCCAGAACCGAGCCUGGCUGUCCGCAAAAUUUCAACCCAAAAUCCCUAGUUGUGAGUUGUAUUUCACCGAGGAAACAUGUCCGACCGUGUUACUGUGGUAUUAAGAUGUCUAAAGUUAUGAUCCAUAAGAACUACAAGGGUAGAAAAUUAGAAAUCUUGUUACUCCUACAAUUAUGAACUCAACCAGUCACUUCCGAGUAUAACGUACAGAUUUUCCGGUCCUCUGGCCUGUUAUUAGCCAUAUUGAAGGAAAGUGACCAUGGUUAAAACGAAUAUCAGUUAAGACGCAUGAUCCUACAAUUAAAUGGAUAUAGGUCUCUUUUCCAUGGUAGUCCAUGCUAUUCAUGUGUGUCAAAAUAGAUUUAGCGUGUUUUUAGGCCAACAAUGAUUGUGAUGUAUGCGGGUUUCCGGAAUGGAGAUAGGAAAAUGCUAAGUAAGAGUUGUUAAGUUUGCAAACAACGAGCGUGAAAUUAGGAAUAAGGUUCUGUCAUUGAACGUGAAUCGGGACAAGCAAUUGAAAGACAGGACACACGAGUGGGGUGUUAAAUGCGGUGUUCAGAGUACGACUAAUAUGGUCGACUCUUAAUACUAAUAUUAUGGUCUCACACACACUCUCUC